AUCUUACUGCAAAGAUGAAACUUGAUGAAACUCCUAUGUUUGACCCAACUCUGCUCCAAGAAGUGGACUGGAGCCAGAAUACAGCUACAUUUUCUCCAGCCAUUUCCCCAGCAAAUCCUGGAGAAGGUUUGGUUUUGAGGCCUCUUUGUACUGCUGAUUUAAUAGAGGUAUGAGCUCAGUUUACAAAUCCUGGUUUUUUAAAGGUACUUGGUCAGCUAACAGAGACUGGAGUUGUUAGCCCUGAACAAUUUAUGAAAUCUUUUGAGCACAUGAAGAAAUCUGGAGAUUAUUAUGUUACCGUUGUGGAAGAUGUGACUUUAGGACAGAUUGUUGCUACAGCAACUCUGAUAGUAGAACAUAAAUUUAUCCAUUCCUGUGCUAAGAGAGGACGAGUAGAAGAUGUUGUUGUUAGUGAUGAAUGCAGAGGAAAACAGCUUGGCAAAUUGUUGUUAUCAACCCUUACUUUGCUAAGCAAGAAACUGAACUGUUAUAAGAUUACUCUUGAAUGUCUACCACAAAAUGUUGGUUUCUAUAAAAAGUUUGGAUAUACAGUAUCUGAGGAAAACUACAUGUGUCGGAGAUUUCUAAAGUAAAAAUUUUAAAGAAAGACAGUUGUUAAAGGAGCUGACGCAGUAGCGUUAUAUAGGCUUCCUAGAGUUAAAACAGUUUGUUACAACCCAGCGACCUCCACAAGAACUGGGUUGAAAAAACAUUGUAAUACAACAAAUAUAAUGACAUUUAGAAGAUUACUUUGGGUUGGUGGUUCACCUGUGAGUUGAUUAAAUUACAAAUGAAUUAUAAAGAGGAUGAUUUUUAACCAAAGGAAAUAUAUUUUUAACUUGAAUCUUUUCUUGUAUUUUUCUAAAGUUUGGCCUCAUUUCUUGGUAGUCACAGUAUAGGAGUUCUGUAUUUGCUAUCUGUAGUGCUCAUUUU